UGAGGGGAAAACUCCCCCUUCCCCAGUUCAGACCCUCCGAUUCCUCCUGGGGGGCCGGGAGCCUCCGCGUCCUUCUCGCCUCUCUUUGCGGGCGCUUGUGGGGCGGCAUCCAUGGCUUUGGCUGGGCUCCCCCUGGUGCUGUUGGUGGGGGCGCUGGGCCGGAUCCCCGGAAGCGAAGGGGGGAAGGAGACCCCCGCCCAUUUCCUGUACCAGGGGAAGGGCGAAUGCAGCUUCCUCAACUGGACGCAGCGGGUGCGAUACCUGCUGCGCUUCUUCUACAACCGCCAGGAGUUCGUCAGGUUUGACAGCGACCUCGGGAAGUUCGUGGCCGUCAUGGCGUUUGGGGAGGCGGAUGCGGACUGUUGGAACAAAGGUGAGCAUCUCCUCCAGUACCUGAAGGCCGAAGUGGAUCGUUUCUGCCGACGACGCAACUACGAGGCGUUGAACUUCGGGGCGGCCAAGAGGGAGGAGCGCAUGGUUGGCCGGAGAACCAAACCCACUGUCACUAUCUCCCCCACCAAGAUGGACCCCGCUUCCCCCAACACCAUCCUCCUCUGCACCGCCACGGGCUUUUACCUGCUGGAGAUUGAGAUCCAGUGGCUGAAGAACGGGAAGCUGGAGGAGGAGGGUGUGGCCUUCGGGGAGGAGCUCCAGAACGGAGACUGGACCUACCAGCUCCAGGUGAUGCUGGAGACCCAGCCCCAGCGGGGGGACGUCUACACUUGCCAGGUGGGGCAUGUCAGCCUGGAGGCCCCCAUCACCGUCCAGUGGGAGCCCCAUUCCUCCAGCUCUGCCAAGAGGAAACUCUGGACAGGGAUCAUGGGGGCCGUGAUAGGAGCGGCCUUCCUGGCUAUGGGACUCUUCUCCCACCUGAAGAGCAAGAAAGCAAUUCCCAUCCAACCUCCUGCAGCCCUCAUGAAUUAAUCCUGCUCUCCAAUGCAAA